CAAAAAAACGAGAUCGGCCAUUUUGUCGUCUUUUCUUUGGGAAAAAAAAAAAUAACAGUAGAUCUAUCUAGAUUCUAGAUCUAUCUGCAUUCUUUACCCUUUAAAUAUUAAUUGACUGGCCGCCAGUAGGCCUUUCCAAGCAUGAAUGCCUCUCUCAAAUCCACUUAAACGUACCUUAUCUGAGGAAAACAAAUCUGAUUGCAAAAAGAUUCGUUGUGGCGAAGAGCACAAGAAACUGCGCGAUUCUGAUGCAGAGGAAGCAGCUGAAAAUUUGCUAAAAUUAGCCAUGGCUGAUCCACAAAGUCAGAAAAAAGCAAAUUUUUCAGCUCUAAAUUCCUCAAAUUCAAAUGGAAUUAAUAAAACUAACCAAGCUGUUGGAGUGUCCAAUAAACCAGGCACUGCUAAAAAGCUGGUGAUCAAGAAUUUCAAAGAUAAACCAAGCAUGCCUGCCAACUUUCAAGAAGUCACUUGGGAAAAGUUGCAGGGUGCUGUAGAUGCUAUCCACAGUAGCUGCUCUAUUCGCUACAGUCUGGAGGAACUAUACCAAGCAGUGGAGAAUAUGUGCAGUUACAAGAUGGCCACUGGUCUCUAUUCACAACUAAUGACACGAUGCCAGAAGCAUGUUCGUGCUAACUUGGGACAGUUUUUAGCUGAAACUUUGGAUUAUGAACAGUUUCUGAAACUUAUUGACAAUUGCUGGCAAAAUCACUGCAGGCAGAUGAUUAUGAUAAGGAGUAUUUUCCUCUUCUUGGAUAGGACUUAUGUGCUUCAGAAUUCAUCCAUUCUUUCUAUAUGGGAUAUGGGCCUAGACCUAUUCCGCCAGCAUAUUAUAUCAGAUAAAGUUGUAGAGUCUAGGACAGUAGAUGGUUUACUAAAGCUGAUAGAACGAGAGAGGAAUGGAGAGGCAGUUAACAGGCAGCUGUUAAAGAGUCUUUUAAGGAUGUUGUCUGAUUUAAAUAUAUACCAAAAAGCUUUUGAGAAAAAAUUCUUAGAAGCCACAGAAAUGCUGUAUGCAGCUGAAGGUCAAAGGCUGGUGCAAGAAAGAGAGGUAUCUGAAUAUUUACUUCAUGUUGAUAAACGACUUGCAGAAGAAAAUGAAAGACUUUUGCUCUAUCUUGAUCAGUCCACAAAGAAACCUUUAAUUUCUUGUGUGGAAAAACAUUUAUUGGAAAAUCAUAUGAAACAAAUUCUACAGAAAGGUUUAGAUCAAUUGUUGGAUGAAAACAGAAUCUCUGACCUCAGUCUACUGUUUAAACUUUUUAACAGAGUCAAAGAUGGGCUGAAAUAUUUAAGGCUGGAGUUUGCAGCAUAUAUAAAAAAAACUGGUCGAGUUAUUGUGGUGAACCCUAACAAUGAUCCAGAAAAAGAUAAGGACAUGGUCCAGCAACUAUUAGAUUUCAAAGACAAAAUAGACAAUGUGAUAUUAGAGUGUUUUGAGAGAAAUGAUAAAUUUAUCAACUCCAUGAAGGAGAGCUUUGAAUCUUUUAUCAACCAGAGACAGAAUAAACCUGCUGAAUUGAUAGCUAAAUAUGUAGAUUCAAAAUUAAGAGCUGGAAAUAAGGAAGCAACAGAGGAAGAGCUGGAGAAAUUAUUAGAUAAAAUUCUUGUCAUAUUUAGGUUUAUACAUGGCAAAGAUGUAUUUGAAGCCUUCUACAAGAAAGAUUUGGCUAAAAGGUUAUUGGUGGGCAAAAGUGCUUCUGUUGAUGCAGAGAAAUCCAUGCUGUCUAAACUUAAACAAGAAUGUGGAGCCGCCUUUACAAGUAAACUGGAAGGGAUGUUUAAAGACAUGGAACUAUCGAAAGAUAUCAGCCUUGCCUUCCGUCAGAGCCUUCAGUACACAAAUGACUCUAUAGAUCUCACUGUCAAUAUUUUAACACAAGGUUACUGGCCAGCAUAUCCACUUGUUGAAGUUCAUCUACCUAGUGAAAUGUUGCGCUUCCAAGAGGUCUUUAAGAAAUUUUAUUUAGGGAAGCACAGUGGUAGAAAACUUCAGUGGCAGCCCACCUUAGGUCAUUGUGUCCUAAAAGCUGAAUUUAAUAAUUAUACAACGAGGAAAGAAAUUCAAGUGUCUCUGUUACAGACUUUGUGUUUGCUUUUGUUUAAUGAAGCUGAUGAGUAUUCCUUCUCUGACAUUAAAACAGCUACUGGCAUUGAUGAACAGGAGUUGAAAAGAACAUUGCAGUCAUUAGCUUGUGGCAAGGCUCGUGUUAUCUACAAAAAUCCCAAGGGCAAAGAUGUGAAUGACACAGAUACUUUCCAUUUUGCGGAUGACUUCAAACACAAGUUGUAUAGAAUCAAAAUAAACCAAAUUCAAAUGAAAGAAACGCAAGAAGAAAAUACAAGCACCACUGAAAGGGUUUUCCAGGAUCGCCAGUACCAGGUAGAUGCUGCCGUUGUUCGCAUCAUGAAGACACGCAAGACCCUCAGUCACAACUUACUUAUUUCAGAACUCUUUAACCAGCUUAAAUUUCCAGUUAAGUCUGCAGAUUUAAAAAAGCGAAUUGAGUCACUGAUUGAAAGAGAAUACAUGGAGAGGGACAAAGACAAUCCUAACACUUACCAUUAUGUGGCAUAAGUUCUAUUCAGAGUGAGUGUGUAUGAAGUGUGGCAUUGGAACAGUUGUACUAUUUUGUUUGCAUUGUAUUUUAAAAUGUCAUUGCAGUUGUCAUCUCCAGUUCAAGAAAUGACAUGUCAUUUUUCUUUGAUCAUCUGCAUUUGUUUUCACCAAAUUGAUUUGAAAUUAUAAAAAUAAUAAUUAUACCUUUGAAAGAUUUUUGUGUCCAUUUUUUGUGUGUGCAUUCAAUGAUUGAAACAAACCCAGCUUGUGAACAGUCUGCAUUAGUUUAUCCUUCUGUCACAUGGUUUUGAAUAUCACCAGUUUAUAUAGUUUGACCACAAAUGGCAUGUUCAUUUCUUUUUUUUUUUCCAAAUGCCAUAGAAAAAAAAAGCAAACUUUGCUUGUUAAUAGUGAUAUUGUUUUGACAAUAAUGUAGUUAAUCAGAUAGUUUCUUUACUUCAAUAGUGACUUCCCAUAGGUAAGGCUUGACAGUAAUAGAUAUUGGUGCUUCAAAUACAAAUGGUUCAUUUGUUUAUUUAUGUGAUAGGAGGUAGAUCAUAUACUCAGCUUCACUUUUCAAUUACUGGUGAAGAUGAGUUUGCCUGUUAUUGAGACCAGUUGUGUUUUGUGAUCAUCUCAAUGACAAAAUGUUUUUGUAAGGUUUCAUCAUUAUUGAUUGAAAGUCAGGGCUUCAGCUUAACAUUGUGAUAACAGCAAUCAUAGGAACAUUUGGGGCUAUUUGUAAACACACCAUUUAUUAGCACUUGUUCUAUAGCUCAAAGCCACACUGCCCAAUUGAUGGUGACAGUGUUAGCAAGGUGUGGUUGGUUCUAAAGUUAGUGCUUCAGUUUCAAACCUCUGCCCUUUAGCAAGAAGAUGAUCAGAAACAUGUUUUUUUUUUUUGGCAUUUAACUUAUACUGCCCUUGUCAGUUAUGCUGUUUUUUUUUUGUAGAUAAAUAUCCAAUGUACCUGUAGAAAAUGAGAUUGGAUUAUGGUAUUUACAUGUAAUGGUAGUUGUUUUAAAAGUAUACAAGAUUGUUUUAUGCAACUGAAUUUGACAUGCUACAGUACUGUCUGUAGACAUUUGAAUAAGUAAAUCCCAUUCUUUUACCAAAUUAAAUAUUUAAGAUCUAGUUGAUCACAAACUCUACUGUAAAUCUUGUGUUGGUUGAUGCUAAAAUAAUUAAAUAAGCAGUUAGAGGUAAGACAAAUGCUUACAAUAAACAUUACAUUUAAAUAUUUAAAAUUAAUAUUCACAAAUGUUUUUGAUGUCUCUCUGUACAGUUGUAUGUAAAUAUGUUGAAUACAUUGUCAAAUAAAAGUUUCUCCAUAACAA